UUUAACGCCACCGAAACCCCAAAAAAGAAGCGAAGAAACGAGAAGAAAAUCCAAUUAAUUACGAAGCAAUUAUACAGGCCCGGAGUUUGGCAUUCUGUCAGCAUGGAAGCGGAUCAUUUGAAGCGUCUGGAGGCCAAGGAUGCGGACCACAUAGCCGCCAUCCUGACUGAAUUCAAUACGAAGUACGCCGACUUGCUAAUCUUUGAUGGCUUCCGCACGGACAACCUAUGGCACGACCUCUGGCUGGCCAUUUUUGGGAUUCUGGAGGACCAGCGGCUGAGUCACUUGCACACCCAGUGCCUGAACACUGUGAGGAUUCUUACGCGCGACGAGUUCAGCCUGCAGACGAACUACAUCGAACAGGAGGUGAACGUCCUGCUGAAGUUGGCCAGGAUCGAGGCCAGUUCGCUGAAGCUGCCGGCCACGCCGGACGAACUGAAGCAGCAGGAGAAGGAGCAGGCGGACACCCAGCAGGAGCCCAGCCAGGAUCAGUCGGAGGUGAUAGCCGAGGCCCUCAAGUGCCUGUGCAAUCUGGUCUACCAGAGCUCCGACUGCCGGCGGCAGUGUCUGCGCCAGCACUGCCUGGACGCGAUCCUGAAGCGUGUGGCCUCCUCCAUGCGGCAUCCCUCUACUCUGGAGUACUACGACAUGAAGCUGCUCUUCCUGCUCACCGCCCUCGAGCCGGCGGCCCGGUCUCGCCUCCAAAUCGAUCUCAAUGGCCUCACCUACAUGACCAAGUGGCUGGACGACAAGCUCGGCGAGGAUGCCGCCGCCGGCAGUGAGGAGCAGCUCAACAUCAUCUGCGAGCUGCUCAAGGUGAUGUUCAACGUGACCAGCGCCCCGGACAAGAGUCCCAACGAGUACGAGAUUCAGAGCCUCCACCUAACCGGCGUCCUGCGCGAACUGCUGCUGCGCUUCGGCGACAUGUCCACCGACAAGGAGCGCGCCGUGGUCACCCAUGCCAUCAAUCUGCUGACCAACAUCUCGGGCAGCUGCCUCACGGAGCUCACGCUGCGGUGCUCCAAUGCCGAGGAGCAAAGGGACAGAAAUGAGGAGAAGGAAAAGCAAAAGGAUCAGGAGUCUGGAGCCCGGGCCAAGCCACGGCAGUGCUGUGCCCUCUGCUUCGAGAAGCGCAACGUUCGAAGCUUGGCCAUCCUGCUGCGCUACCUGCGCCAGUCCCUGGCCCAGCAGGAGGCCGAGGCCAGCUCUCACGAGCUGCUGUCCCCGGUGCUUACCGUGCUGGUGAAGUGCGCCCGCAGCGACCGGGUGAUGAGGCACUACCUGCGCCAGGAGAUACUGCCGCCGCUCCGGGACGUCAGCCAGCGGCCGGAGAUCGGCCAGGAGCUGCGCAACCAUCUGUGCCGCUUCCUCACACUGCCCGCCAUGAUACUCCGGGACCUGGCCGCCGAGCUGCUCUUCGUGCUCUGCAAGGAGGACGUGGGCCGGAUGAUCAAGUACACCGGCUACGGCAACGCCGCCGGGCUGUUCGCCAAGCGGGGCAUCCUCGACUGCCGCCGUGUGGAAGGCACCGACUACUCCUCAGACAGCGAGGACAGCGACACCGAGGAGUACAAGCAGCAGCAACAGGGCAUCAAUCCGGUGCUCGGCUGUGUGGAGCCGCGCAGCAAGACGAACCCCUUGGACGGCAUGAGCGAGGAACAGAAGGAGUACGAGGCCCUCCAGCUGGUGAAUCUCAUCGAGCAGCUGCGCCAGGGCGGGAUCGUGAAGCCGGCUCUGAUUGACAAGGAUGGACGGCCCCAACCGCUGGAGCACAUCCUGCAGCUGCAGGAGGAACUACCGCAGCAGCAGCUCGACCAGAAGCGGAAAACCUAAGCGCUCCACGGGGCCCAACUAUGGCAGGAAGGAGAAAGCAUUGGCACUCGUUCGAUAGCCCAGCUGCUGGACUAUGAAUUCCGGAUUAGCUUUUUGUUUAGCAUUUAUUUGAAGAGUCACUCCAUUAACUAUUAAUCGUUGAAGUUUAGUCUCAUACCUUAUAGAUUUGUGGAGAAAGUCACCUCGAGUUGCCAUCCAGUUGUACCUUUAUUUAUUCGAAGCUAGAUAUUAAAUCGUUAAUGUUCCCGACUGCUGCCAUAGGCCCGCGGCCUCCUAGAGAACGGCUUAGUAGCGCCAACUAAUUAAAUGCAAAACAAUCGUUGGGGUCUUCCAGUUCGGCGGCAAGAUCUUCACAAACAUUGAAACCAAAACUGAGAAAAGAAUCCACUCUCGUGGUGGGAUAGGAUGGAUAGACAAUUUGACUAAAGUUUGUAAUGGUUAAGUGCAUGUAUUUAUACGAAUUCCACAAACUCUAUACUAUAAAUGUUGUAACUCUAACUGUAACUCUAGCUAUUAACUAAACUAAAUACCGAAAAUCA